AUGGAACGAAAUUACUCGGGGAAGGCUGGCCGCAUCGGAUGGCAAGCGCUUGGACGGCUGUUGGGGCAAUGGCAGUUUUUGGCAAAGGUCAGCAGCCCACCCACUGUAUCCAGCCCCCAUGCGACUGACUCAACAAGGCCAUUUGUAUGGUGUGGUAGCAACUUCAUGACGCUGACAGCAAAGGAAAGUGAAUACCCACAUUUGCAGGUGGACAGAGUGAGCGCUCCUCCUCUUUCCCUGUCACAGCUGCCCUCUUACUGUGGCCACACCUUUCAGCUGACUGCAAAUGACUUUGUCCUAAUGGCGCCCUACGAUGGAUGCUAUGUCCUAAAAGAGGAUGGAAGUUAUGUUCUGCCUUUGCUUUGGUGGGAGACUCCUGUGAAGAUGGUGUGCCCUGCCACACCAGCCCCUGCCCCUUCUUCCUCUCCCCCCUCCCCUCUCUCUGUCUCCUGCACCCCUUUUGCCAUGGCUCUGAAGAUUCAAGGAGGUAUGGAUGCUGCAAGGAAGCUCCAAGUCGCUUCGCAGGGGGAGUGGGUGCCCUUUGUGCCUUCCCAGUGUGGGUACCAUGCAGAGUAUCACCCUGGAGAUUUGAUCAUAUACGCUCCCUAUACAGGAUGUGGGAUAACUGUUAAGGAUGGGAUGUACACCCUCUCAUUCCUUGCACAAGAAGGGAAGAUGACCAUCUCAUGUCCACCACCCCUUGUUCCCUCUCCCCAAAUCCCUCAUCCUUCUAGAACUCAUCCGACUCACUCUCUUAUUGUUCCCAAUUACCCACCUAUAUCUGACCCACUUGUAGCUCCUAUUUACUACUAUGACCCCAGCUUGUAUGCUGACCUACAGAAAGGCCCUCCCACUCACCCUCCAACUCCUGCUCCCACCAGGAACACACCCCUUUUUCCUGCCUACCAUCCCCACACCUCCAUAGACCUCUCGGUUGCCCCACCUUCUCUGUUUAGUAAAAACUCUUACCAUGAUCCUAAAUUACACGCGCACCAAAGUGCCUAUCCCCUCUGCACUCCCUUUGGGCCGACUCCUUGCAUAGCUUCACCUUAUGACCCAGCCCCAUCUGUCCCCCUUCCCCAUUGGCCUCAGAUUCCUACUACUCCUUCCUCUACUUCCACCUCUCAGUCAUCACCCUCCUUAACCUGCACAACAGAUGACAUGACGGUCACCCUGCCUUCCGCCCACCCGGAUUCCAUUGUGGUGAUAGACCACAAUAACAUGUGGAUGUCUAUUGCCAGUGCCCCUCCAGGGUGCUAUUACAAAUUACGAACAGAUGGAAAGAAGGGGGUAACACUGUCCUCCCCUCUUCCUGCCUGCCACACUUUCACCCCAGUGAGUCAACAGUGCUAUAACAGAUUGGAUAUGACCCACGCCCCCCUCCCCCCUCCCCCACUGCUUUAA